GCGAUCUCGCGGUGUUUCACUCUCCUCGCUGCUUAAUUCGCGUUACAUAACAUACAUAACUGAGUUUCCCUGCUCUGCUCUCAUCUACGCCAUGGACUACAGCAACGAGGCCACGAAUACCGCCGCGGCGCAACCUUACGGCCGCUCCAUGUCGCCACCGUCGCGUGUGUCGUCGUGCUCGCCGCCCCCUGUGUUCCCGCUGAUGGGCAACGCGCCGUCGUCGCCGCCGACCAUCGUCCUCAGCCCGUGCGCGGCGUGCAAGGUCCUCCGCCGCCGCUGCGCCGACGGCUGCAUGCUGGCGCCCUACUUCCCGCCGACCGAGCCCGCCAAGUUCACCACCGCCCACCGCGUCUUCGGUGCCAGCAACAUCAUCAAGCUCCUCCAGGAUUUGCCGGAGAGCUCGCGGGCGGAUGCGGUGAGCAGCAUGGUGUACGAGGCGGAGGCGCGGCUGCGGGACCCGGUGUACGGGUGCGCCGGGGCGGUGUGCCGGCUGCAGAAGGAGGCCAACGAGCUCAAGGUGGACCUGGCGCGAGCGCAGGCCGACCUCCUCAGCAUCCAGACACAGCACGCCAACCUCCUUGCCCUCGUCUGCGUCGAGUUUGCUGCCAACCACCGAGGCGACCAGCAGCACCAGCACCAGCCACCUCCACUGGCGGACCAGCUGAACAGCAUCGGUGGUAGCGGCGGCGGCGCCCUGUACCAACAGCUAUACGAUUCCGACUUGGACUCGGCGUCGUGGGAAGAGGCCCGGCAGCUCUGGACCUGAGCGUGCCGGCUAGUCGGCUACAGCACACUUAAUCACUACUAGACGUAGUACUAUUUAUUUACUUAUUAUAACGUAAAAACUUGUAUACUGUACGCUAGAUGUUCCGGCAGUCUCGUCGGAAACGCAUUGUACUACUCGGUCGCUGGGUUACAAUCUCACAAUCGUGGAUCGUGUACAUGGUGCAUUGAUCCUCUGCAACCGCCACGAUUGCGCUGUACCCGGCAAAUAUUCCUGCUCGUCCAA